AUGCGCCAGCCCAUGAGCUUGCCGCCGAGCACGGCGAUUACCACGACCAGAAGCAAUGAAGCCGAUGCGCCGACCAUCGCCACUGCUGAAUGGAUCAACAAUCAAAUUUAUGCCACUGGAAUUCCAGUACACGAGGCCAGUUUCUCACAGGUUGCGAUGCAGCCUGCUCCCUUGACGCCCCCGCCCAAUGCUUUUCCGGAGCUAGUGGAUCAAACAUCCUUUGCCUUUGCUGGUCAGGUGCAGGACAUCUGCUACAGCCCAGAAGGCUCAACGACCAUCUCUUCCUUUCAGGACGUCAACUCAGCUAUCAUGCAUCAGAUGAAGUCAGAACUGGCACCUUUGCAAGAGUCGAGGCAACUACCACUACAGGAACUAACCAAGAAAACAACCAUUCUUUUCAAGAACCCGGGCGAAUUCACGAUGGCUGGCGGCAAGCAGGGAUCAGAGACGAUCGUCACCUCGAAGUGA